AUGGCCUCAGAUCAGGUGACGGUCGCUGCUUUGAGUCGUCCCUUUGCUUUGGGGAUGCUCUACGAUGCAAGGAGAGAUAAACUGAACACAGAUUUCACGCUGUGGGACAGAGAAACGAUUAAAAGGUACAGCACUAGGCAGAAUCAGGCCAGCACCACCUACGAAAUUACUACAUCAGACUCCAUUGAGACCAAGUCUUCUCUGCUGGAUGUAGAUACAUAUUCUAAAACUAGUUGGUUGUGUGGACUGACUGAAAAGAGUGGGUCUUGCAGCUAUCUGAAUGACAACAAGAAGUUCAAGAACCAGAGCAGAGUGACGCUUCAGUUCAAAGCUACGACUGCAUUUGAACGGCUGGCAAUGACUCACCUUGAAGCAAAAACCACACAAAUACAAGACGUCAUUAAGAAAAGCAACGCAACACACGUAGUCACAGGCAUCCAAUAUGGGGCACAUGCUUUCUUUGUGUUUGACAGCGAGAAGCUGGAGAGCAGCAGUGUUCAGCAGAUGAAGGACCGCAUGCAGGCAGCAGUUAAGAUGAUCAUUGUAUAUAGUUCUGAGGCAAAGGUUGACGUCAAGCUGAGUAAAGAAGAAAAAGCUGUGACUGAUAAAUUCACCUGCAAAUUCUACGGAGACUUCAUUCUCGACAGCAACCCUUCAACAUUUGAAGAUGCAGUGAAGACCUACUCACAGCUUCCAAAGCUCCUUGGAGGAAAUGGAGAGAAAACAGUUCCUGUCAAAGUGUGGCUGACACCGCUGAAGAAACUGGACCCAACCGCUGAAGAGAUGAAGGGAGAGAUUUGUGUCGGGUUACUGAGGAAAGCUGAGAAUGCUCUAGAAAUCAUCAAAGAAAUGGAAAUGAGAUGCAAUGACUCUCUGGAUGAAGACGUGGUUCAGAGUUUUCCACAGAUUCUCAACAAGUUGAAGCGUUUCCAAAACCUCUGUGAAGAUAGUGGAAAAAAGCUGAGACAGGCUAUGAUGGAGACAUUCCCUUCCAUUCUUGAGGGUAAAGAAGACAGUUCACUGGAGAAACUCUUAGACGACCAGGAGAAGUCACCAUUCAGUCUGGAGAACUUAGACAAGUGGUUAGAUAAUACAGAGAGAGAAAUCAACGUCAUCAGGUCCUGUGUGGAAGCAAUGAAGGGGAUAAAAAUCACUAAAGAUGAGUCCGAGUUCGACAGAGUGAGUCUUGCUCAGGAUGUAGACGAUGUCCUGAGCUUUGUUUUCACCUCUGUGGAAACUGACGACCCCUACCUGGACCAGAUGUACAAAUACUUGCGUUGUCAUGACAGUUUCACUCCACCAACAAAAGACCACUGGUUCUUCUCAGCUGAAGUGGUAGCCAACCUGAGACAGAAAGCUGAAGAGUUCUGCAGCAUCACCAAAGGCCUGAAGAGCAGCAGCAGGUUUAGCUUCAUUGUGGCAUCAGAAACAAAUAAGAAGUACAAAGGAGCAACCAUCUACCACUAUAGGAGAGGCCGUCGGGUCACUGAAGAGUUUUCAAAGCCUGCUGUUCCUGAUGUCGCUUCUGUGAAAGACAGACAAGAACUCCUCUGGUACGCCUGUGAUCUCACCUUGGACCCAAACACUGCAAACAACUACCUGAUUCUGUCUGAGGACAACAAGAAGGCAACGUGUGGAGCAUGGCAGACGUAUUCUGCUUGUCCUGAGAGGUUUGAUACAAAGACUCAGGUUUUGUGCAGGGAGGGGCUGACUGGGCGCCAUUACUGGGAAGUGGAGUGGAGUACUGGUUCUAGUAAUAACGUUGGUGUAGCUGUUACGUACCAAAGCAUUGUAAGGAUGGGUAAGAGUGACGAGGCAGGGCUCGGUUCUAACACCAAAUCCUGGUAUUUUGGUGUGUACGAGCAAGAGCUCAGUGCUUACCAUAAUGGUAAAGUGUGGAGCGAAAGUCUUCCCAGUACCGGCUGCAGCAGAGUCGGAGUGUUUCUUGAUUGGCCUGCUGGCACUCUGUCUUUCUACAAAGUCUCCCAUAACACACUGAGUCACUUCCACACCUUCCGCACCACCUUCACAGAGGCUGUGUACCCAGGCCUCUAUGUCUAUUACACAUCCAACUAUGCUGCCCUACGCCCAUUUUAA